AUGGCCUCAAUUGCGAAUCGAUUACUGUUUCCUGAUGAGAAGACUCUCUCUGGGAUUUUCCCCCAUGUCAUUGAUUUCAAGCCAACAAUCUGCGACGUCCUCGCAAACACAUUCGAGACCUGUACUUUCAGAAUUCAGCUUGAUAGUGCGCCACUACCAGACUACCCAAAGGAUCUCAUUAUCCGGUUCGAGAGAUCGGGAAGGUCCUUGGCCGCUUUGGCAACUUUCCAGCGUUUAGUAAGCUCUCAACUAAAGGAUCUUGUUCCGUCGGUAUUGCAGGUGGGCACUACGAUGACCGCAACUGCAAAAGCCGAACAAGUCGAUUACUUUGUGACCCCAUAUUUUACGGAAACCAUUCUCCUCGAAGAAGUGUGGGAUGCACUUGACCAAGUAAAUCAGCUGCAGCUAGUAGAUUCAGUUGUUCUUGCCGUGGAGCAGCUUCAGAAGCUUGACCUCAAGAAGUUUGGCCACAGCCCAGAAGGAAUCCCUUACAUCUCAAUCGAUGAUACACCUCCCCAGCCAGUCGAGAUUGCAAUAGGUGGUCUAGCGCAUGAUUUCUUUCCAAACGUCAGACAGUUCUUACGUGGACUACUUCACCCGGAGAGGAAGAAACCACGUGAUUGGAACUUGUUGGAGACGGAUAGCGGAAUCACUAUUCAAUUCGCAUAUGGAGAUAUUGGUCAGGUGCACUUGUCUCACUCCGAUUUGGAUGAACUUCAGCGGAAUGUCGUAUUCUGCCACAAUGACCUCGAGCCACGCAACAUCCCCAUGAGGAAGCUAUCAUCUGGGAAACACGAGCUAGCCGGCGUGAUAGACUGGGAAAGGGCAGGAUUAUUCCCAUUUGCAUACGAAUUCGGCUACAAGGAUACGGUCUUGGGUUCCUCAAACCUGAAUUUUAGCUGGUAUACUCUGUCAAAAACCAGUCGUCCCAUCUGUUGCCCCAAGGGGAGUGCCACGCAGAACCCAUCAAGGCACUCCGGAUUAUAG